AAAUCAUUUAAAAAAAUAUAGUGCCGGAAAAAACUAGAGACAUGACAUCCUAGAUGACAGAGUGGGGGUAGAAUUCCUUGGAAUUUUCCCUCUCCAAUGGAUUGUCGUCACGCAUGACACACACAUGCCAACGGUAUUGGCCAGUCUAUAACCGAAAACGAAACCAUUGGGUGUUGGCUCGUCAUUAAACCGUCGACACAGCAAACGUUGCAGAUUUCCUGGAGCAAGUGGAGUAACGAGGAAAAUAAAAUGUCACAAGGACAGUACUAUCCCUUCAAGCAAUAUGGAAAGGAUCUGAUCAGCGAUCUGAAGAGUGAGCUGUCUGGAAAGCUCGAGGAUGUCAUGGUUGCCCUGAUGACACCACUGCCACAUUACUACGCCAAAGAACUCCACGACGCUAUUUCAGGACUUGGAACCGAUGAGGAAGCAAUAAUCGAAAUAUUAUGUACACUCAGCAAUUACGGGAUAAGGACUAUCGCUGCGUUUUAUGAGAAUCUGUACGGAAAGAGUCUGGAGAAGGACCUGAAGGAUGACACUUCUGGUCACUUUAAGAGAUUGAUUGUUUCCCUCUGUCAAGCAAAUCGUGAUGAAAAUCAGGGAGUCGAUCAUGCUCAGGCUCAGGCUGAUGCCCAGGCAUUAUUUGAUGCUGGAGAGAAGGAAUGGGGCACAGAGGAGUCACAAUUCAAUGCAGUCCUCGUUACUCGAAGUUAUCAGCAACUUCGACAGACAUUCCUCGAGUAUGAGAAGAUAUCAGGGCACGAUAUUGAAGUUGCCAUCAAGAAGGAAUUCUCAGGGAGUAUUGAGAAGGGUCUUCUUGGAAUUGUUAAGUGUGUUAAAUCCAAAGUUGGAUUUUUCGCUGAGAGACUUCAUGCUGCUAUGCAGGGAAUCGGCACGAAGGAUCGCACUCUCAUUCGCAUUAUCGUAUCGCGAAGUGAAAUCGAUCUUGGAGAUAUCAAGAAAGCGUUUGAGGAGCGAUAUGGAAAAUCACUUGAGAGCUGGAUCGUUGGGGACACUUCUGGGGAUUACAAGAAAUCCCUUCUCUCUAUUGUUUCCACAUAAUUCCACUAUUUUAUCCGUUAGUGUUACCAUAAUGUCCAAAAAUUGUGCUCGGAAUCUCUCAACUGUGUUCAAACCGACAAUUAUGGGAAAAAUUUAAAGAAAAAUCUGGGGAAAAUACUGAAAUUAUUAUUUUUUAUUCUCUCGGGAUUUUUCUGUAGAUCAAUCCUCGGGAAUUGACGGGAAAAAUUAAUUAUUGCACAAAGAAAUGGCCUAUCUUUUGUCAUACAAGUCAGUAGUGAAUUGAAAACAAAGAGUCGCUUAAAAUUCAUGUAAAAUUUUUGGUGAAUAGAUAUUAAUUUAAUCGAGACUAAAAUUUUCAUAGAAAUUAUGAAACUGACGGUCUGCAAAAUCUUCAUAAUUUCUGUUAUUCACCAAAAAUUAUAAUUGUCUCAGCUAGUUAACAAAUUUGCUGCAGAAUUUUUUUGGCUUACGGAAUUGCAGAUAUAAUUGUAAAUUUCAGAGGAAUGCCCACUCCACAGUCUUGAAGAAGAUACGCUUAAGAAAGAACGCGAGGAAAUAAUUUUUUAUGUAAUAUAUAUCAAUCAACUAUGCGAUGUUUAUACACAUUUAUAACUAUAUUUUUUACACGUGUUUUACUAUCUCGAUAUUAUUAUUACGAAUUGCCUUCCAAAUUCAAACAAAUUAUACAACCGGUGAACAGAUUGUUAUUUGUUGGAAGAGAGGGUCACAGCUUUACAGCAGUGCAAAUUACCGAUGCCUUGUAUUUUUUGUUUAAUUAUAUUAGUGCUAAUAAAAUAUAAGCAUUUGAUGUCGA